AUGGGCGUGGCUGGAAAAUUGUGUGGAUCAUUGAUUCUCGCUCCUGAACAACAAGUAUCCGUGCAUGGGGAAUUAAUAUCUGCGCCUGGAGAUCCCGCGUCUGAUGGAAUAAUACCAGCGCCUGCAGAUCCCGAAAAUGGAGAUCCCGCGCCUGGAGAAAUAAUGCCCGCGCCUAGAGAUUCCGCGCCUGGAGAAAUAAUGCCCGCGCCUGGGGAUCCCGCGCCUGGAAAUCCUGCGCGUGGAGAAAUAAUGCCCGCGCCUGGAGAUCCCGCGCCUGGAGACAUAAUACGCACGCUUGGAGAUCCCGCGCCUGUAGAACUAAUAUCCACACCUGGAGAUCCCGCGCCUGGAGAAAUAAUGCCCGCGCCUGGAGAUCCCGCGCCUGGAGAAACAAUGCCCGCGCCUGGAGACAUAAUACCCGCGCCUGGAGAUCCAGCGCCUAGAGAAAUAAUACCCGCGCCUGGAGAUCUCGCGCCUGGAGAAAUAAUGCCCGCGCCUGGAGAUCCCGCGCCUGGAGAAAUAAUGCCCGCGGCUAGAGAUUCCGCGCCUGGAGAUCCCGCGCCUGGAGAAAUAAUGCCCGCGCCUGGGGAUCCCGCGCCUGGAGAUCCUGCGCGUGGAAAAAUAAUGCCCGCGCCUGGAGAUCCCGCGCCUGGAGACAUAAUACCCGCGCCUGGAGAACUAAUAUCCACACCUGGAGAUCCCGCGCCUGGAGAAAUAAUGCCCGCACCUGGAGAUCCCGCGCCUGGAGAAACAAUGCCCGCGCCUGGAGACAUAAUACCCGCGCCUGGAGAUCCAGCGCCUGGAGACAUAAUACCCGCGCCUGGAGAUCCAGCGCCUGGAGACAUAAUACCCGCGCCUGGAGAUCCAGCGCCUGGAGACAUAAUACCCGCGCCUGGAGAUCCAGCGCCUGGAGACAUAAUAACCGCGCCUGGAGAUCCAGCGCCUGGAGACAUAAUAACCGCGCCUGGAGAUCCAGCGCCUGGAGACAUAAUAACCGCGCCUGGAGAUCCAGCGCCUGGAGACAUAAUAACCGCGCCUGGAGAUCCAGCGCCUGGAGACAUAAUACCCGCGCCUGGAGAUCCAGCGCCUGGAGACAUAAUACCCGCGCCUGGAGAUCCAGCGCCUAGAGACAUAAUAACCGCGCCUGGAGAUCCAGCGCCUGGAGACAUAAUACCCGCGCCUGGAGAUCCAGCGCCUGGAGACAUAAUACCCGCGCCUGGAGAUCCAGCGCCUGGAGACAUAAUACCCGCGCCUGGAGAUCCAGCGCCUGGAGACAUAAUACCCGCGCCUGGAGAUCCAGCGCCUGGAGAAAUAAUGCCCGCGCCUGGAGACAUAAUACCCGCGCCUGUAGAACUAAUAUCCACGCCUGGAGAUCCCGCGCGUGGAGAACUAAUACCCUCUCAUGGAGAUCCCGCGCCUGGAGAACUAAUACCCGCGCCUGGAGAUCCCGCGCCUGGAAAACUAAUACCUGCGCCUGGAGAAGUAACACCCACGCCUGGAGAUCCCGCGCCUGGAAAACUAAUACCCGCGCUUGGAGAUCCCGCGCCUUGA